AUGCGAAAUUUCGCUCAAAAUUAUAAUGAUCCAAAAGAAACAAAUCUAUAUUCUGAAGAAAAUAUUCAAGUUUACAGUGGCUCGAAAUUUCUAUCCAGUGAUGAAGAAAUCACGAAUCGAUCUUCUGAGCCUGAAUUAUCCUCUGAGCAGAGACUGAGUAUAGAUAGAAUGGCUGAAUAUAACCCUAUUUUCUUUGAAUUGAGCGAAACUAAUUUUGAUACUGAGACAAAUUCGUCAAGCUUCUUUACAAAAAUUUCUUCUCUAUUUUCAGUGCAGGGAGCUCUUACAAAUAAUACCAUUUUUGAAAGCAAUAUUAAAGUUCAAGACGAGUUAGCCACUGAAAAUAAUGCCUUGGCUGAGUUUUUUAAUGAGCAAGAAGUUAAGUUGUUGAAAAAUUUUAUCCAGAUUAGAGAAAUUACUACAUUAGAGAAAAUUGAAACUCUAGACGAUAGCUGGCCAUUCCUUGAGCUAAGAAAAGCCAUUUUACGAAUAAAAAGUGCAACAAUAGAGUUUUCAUAUUUGGUUACUACAAAUAUAAUUUUUGAAAUUUUUAUUAUUUUAUCCAUUCUAGCUAAUACCAUUGUGCUGGCUUUGGAAGAUCCUUCUAUCAAGAAUACAGAUUCCGAACAGGUAUGAUUUGAUCACAUAAACAAUGCAUUUUUGUAUAUUUUUUCUAUUGAGUGCGUAUUAAAAAUAAUGGGAAAUGGUUUAUUAGUAACAGAAAAAGCAUAUUUUAAAAACCCAUGAAAUAUUUUCGAUUUUUUGAUACUAUUUAUUUCUUGAUUAGACCAAAUAAUAGGAAGCGGUGCUAAUUUAUUGGUACUGAGAACAUUUAGGAUAUUUCGGAAUAUUACUGCAAUAGAAGGAGUAAAAAUAUUAUUUUUAUCUCUAGUAGGAUCUUUAUGGCCUCUGCUAAAUGCUUUUGUGAUACUAUUUUUCUUCUUAACAAUUUUUUCAAUCGCAGGGAUUCAGCUGUGGUCUGGGUCAUUUAAAUACCAUUGCAUGGAAAUUAGCAAUGGCAAAAUCAUUGAAAUUGAGCAUGUAUGCAUUUAUUCUACUUGUCCUGAUGAAGAGAUUUGUGUGAAGGGUUUAGAUAAUCCUUUCUAUGGGAUGUAUAACUUUGACAAUAUUUUUUGGGCUUGGCUAUCAACUCUUAUGAGUAUAACAGAGCAAGGUUGGUUUGACUAUAUGGUGACUGCAGAAAUGGCAUCAAAUAAUGUCGUUUCAUAUUUAUUUUUUAUUUCAUUAGUAUUUAUUGGUGUCUAUGUGCUACUCAAUCUUAAUGAAGUCAUUUUGUAUUCAAAUUUCACAAAGUAUAUGGACGAAUUAAGAUUGGCCCAAAAAAUGCAAAAUAAUGAGGUCUCUCUGCAUUCUUCGCUUAUAGAAAAUAUGAAUUUAAACAGUUUUGAUGAAGACUCUCCAUAUAAAGUUGAAAUUAAUGGCUGCAAUAUAAAUAAAAUAUCUGAUUUUGCAGACAAUCCAGUCGAGGAUAGUGAAAAAUCGCUAGUCCGUGAGUCUUUUCCGAAAUAUUAUAAGUCUAAAACCCAUUUAUUUGACUCUUCAACAAAUGAUUUUGUUGCACCGAAAAGAAAAUCAGAAAUAUUUAUUAUGCAUGAAGAAACGCCAAAAUCUGAAUUUUUUAUAUCACAAUUAAAAACAGCUAUAGAGCGUAGCAAUAAUUUUUCAUCAGUUAUUUCCAUUAAUUCUAAUGAGGUUAAAGGCAAUUUUAUAGGGGAAAAUUUAUCAGAUGAAAAUCAAAAUCAAGGAGACUCGUUAGAGAGUAUUGAUUUUACACUUCCAAGAAAAAGAGCAAGAAUUAGGAAAGAGACAAGAAUUCAGCCAUUAUCUGUUGUGAAAAGAACAAAAAGUGUUUUUAAGAUAGGAAAGGGGCUGCAAGACAAAAUCAAGAAAAAUAAAAACUCAGACGUGAUGUUUUCUUUGGUAGAAAAUUCCUCAAUUAACUAUGAAUCAAUAAGUGAUAUAGUGCCUGCUUCAAAGAAAAUACCUUUACAAAAACAAAUGCAUUAUUCUUUCAGAUAUAGAGAUGGGUCUGAAAUUUAUGAUAAGCUAUAUAGUUUGACUCAAUUAUGGAACAAUGAAACCACAGAUUUUCUGGCUAAAUUCAAUGAUAUGCAAAGAUUCGAAAUUUUCGAAAAAUUGUCUAAAAGAUAUCAUAUGAAAAAAGCUUUUCAUCUGACUACAAUAAAUGUGCCUAAUAUAAUUGGGGAAAUAAGAAAUAAUGAUUUAUUUGAUCAAAAAAUCAUUGGAGAUUGGUCAGCUUUUGAUGUGAACUUAAAUAAACGCACAGAUGAAUGAAUUGACGAACUAAAUAAUCUACAUUAUCGGAUAUGGGAAAAAGGAAUUUUUGGGGCUUGGCAAAAGUUGAUGUUUCCGUUGAAAAAAAUAUUGGAAGGUAAGAUUUUCAGCAAUUUUAUGAUUUUUUGCGUCAUUGUAAAUACAAUUGCACUUGCCACUUGGCAUUAUGGUAUUGACUCAACCCUAAACAGCUAUUUAUCAAUGAUCAACUAUUUGAUUACUAUUAUUUUUAUUGUUGAAAUGGGAGCAAAAAUUAUUUCUUUUGGAGUUAAAGACUAUGCUAGAGACAAAAUGAAUAUUUUUGAUGCAAUAGUAACUAUGUUAUCUCUUAUUGAAUUACUUUUUAUUUCAGGAUCAGGAUCAACGCUAAGUGCUCUUCGAGCUAUCAGAAUAUUCAGAAUUUUCAGAGUCAUCCGUGUUUUACGACUGUUUAGAUAUUUGAGAUUUAUCUCUCACCUCAUCACAAUUUUAUCAAACAAUAGUCUGAAUAUUUUUUAUUUAUUCAUUUUUCUUUCACUUUUUUUAAUUGUUUUUGCUAUUUUGGGUGUUCAAAUUUUUUCUGGAUCUUUCAAUUUCCCAGAAGGAAAAGCGCGAUAUAAUUUUGAUGAUUUUCAUCAUUCUUUUUUGACAGUUUUUCAAAUAAUGACUGAAGAAAGGGUGAAUACUGUUAUUUAUAACUGUAUGAGAUCUAGCAAAGGAUAUGCCUCUGCUUUAUUUCCAUUUGUUUGGCUUGUGCUGGGCCAUUUUAUUUUGCUUAACAUAUUUUUAGCCUUGAUUUUUGACAUGUUUAUAUCUGAUUCUGGAGAAAGUUCUUCUGAAGGAGAAAAUUCAACCAUUUCGUUCAAAAGAGAAAGCAUUUAUUCAAGCAUAAGCCAGAGGUUCCAAAAGAGAAAGAUUGAAAAAUUAAAAUUAAUGGACAGCAUGCAAGAACUUGAUAGUGAUGAUAGUGCAUCUUUAGAACACCUCAAGCGGUCAAAAUCAAAGUCAAAAAUUGCUUUAUAUGAGGUAAGCUAUUGCGAAAGAAGCUGUUUUAUUUUUUUAAUAAAUAACUCAAUUCGGAGAUUUUGCAGCAAAAUAUCAUCAAGCCGACAGUUUGAAUUUUUUUCAUUAAUUGUGAUUAUAGGAAGUACACUAAAGCUUAUAUGAGACACUUAUUUGAUAAAUGCCGAUUCGAAUUCUUCUGAAAGUAGAGUAUCAUCUUACUUGGAUAUAGGAUUUACUAUUUGAUUUGGGUUAGAAAUAAUAAUCAAAUCUAUUACACAAGGUUUAGUAUUAGAAAAACACACAUUUCUUAGGGAUGAAUGAAACAUUCUUGAUUUUUCAAUCGUAUUGAUUUCUGUCAUUGAUUUAUUGCUCUCUGAUUGGAACUUAUCUUUUAUAAAAGUUUUGAGGCUUUUAAGAGUCCUUCGCCUUUUAAGACUUGUUACCCACAGCGUUUCAUUGAGAAUUGCAAUAAUAGCUCUUUAUGAGUCAAUUCUGUCCAUCAUAAAUGUUGCCAUUGCAAUGCUGAUAGUUUGAUUAAUCUUUGCAAUAUUAGCUGUAUCUCUUUUUGCUGGGAAACUUUAUAACUGUUCAAACCCUCUGAUAGAAACCCAAGCUGAAUGUGAAAGAUAUGGAUUAAGCUGAAUAGUAGAAGAUAUUAACUACGAUAAUGUAGCAGAAGCAUUAUUAGCUUUAUUUAUUCUCUGCUCAAGAGAAGCUUGGCCUGAUAUAAUGUAUUCAGCUAUUGAUGGAAAAAGUCAAGGAGUCGCUCCAAAAACUGAUUAUAAUACUUAUGCAGCUUACUUUUUUGUGGUUUAUAUUAUGACCUCAAUUUUUUUUAUAAAUCUCAUUUCUGGGGUCAUUUUUGAGAAAUUUAACGAAGCUAAAAAUGGAGAAAAUUCGUUAGUUUGCAAUGAUUGUUUUCAGGCGCAAUAUUUUACUGCCCUUUACUCUGAACUUAUGACAUCGCUACUCUAAGCAUCUGCUAGCCAGAAGGUCCCAUAGAAUUCUCUACGUCACUCUUUACUUGAAUCCUGCGCGUGAUUCGUCUUAGGGUUUAAUUUUCUAGGAACGUCAAGCAUUAAAACCCUAUGGCUUCUAAAAUCAAGGGCCAAAACCCCAUUCAAUGCAAUAGGUCUUAGCUGAAUAAAGGGUCCCUAGAAAAUACCCCAUAAUAUAAUUGCUUGGUAAAGGAAUAGUCCUCGGAGAGAACUAAUUCUUAAGAUGCCAUUUUAUUAUAAGAAAAUCCUUUAGCCUCCUUAGUCUUGACCAAGCAACAAAUGGCAUGAUAUGAGCUGCAAAAUUUAAUUCAAAAAUCAAAGCCAAGCAUCGAAAUUAUCCAAAAACCUCAAAAUUGUCUACGAAAAACUGUUUACAAUUUAUGCCAAAACUGAAUUUUUGAAGGAUUUAUUUUAGUUUGUAUAAUGUUGAACAUGAUUCAAAUGGCAAUGUAUUACGAUGGCGCUGCAUCAUCAUAUACCGAGUCCUUAGAUAUGAUUAAUCUGGCAUUCACUUUUAUAUUUAUUCUCGAAGCAUUUUUGAAAAUAUUUGGACUUGGCCUGAAAAAUUAUUUCCACGAUUCUUGAAAUAAAUUUGACUUUGCAAUUGCUGCAGCUUUAUGCGCAGAUUUAGGUUUAGAGUAUUCUUCUUAUUCAAUUGGGAUAUUUUUAAGAGUUGGUCCCCAACUAGCUCGAUCAAUAAAAGUUGCUAGAGUUGUCAGAGGCUUGCGCCUGUUUAAGUUUUUCAAAAGCCUUCAAGAGCUUAUAUCACUUAUUUCCUAUUCAAUCCCAGCUAUCUUGAAUAUUUCAUCUAUUUUGAUUCUGAUUUAUUCAAUUUAUGCUCUUUUAGGAGUUUUCUUGUUCCAUUCUGUUGAGCAUGGCGAAAUAAUUGAUGAUCACACAAACUUCGAAAACUUUGGAAAUGCUGUUUUAUUACUUUUUCGGUGCUCGACUGGCGAAGAGUGGCCAAAAAUAAUGUUCGACUGUGCCCAUCACACAAAUAAGCCAGUUACGAUAAUAUUUUUUGUAUCAUUUAUCCUGCUCACAACAUUUAUAGUGAUCAAUAUUUUUGUUAUGGCGAUUUUACAAAAUUAUGAAGCAAGUCAAAAUGACAGUGAAAAUGUUAUUGUUUCGUUCAAUAGUGACGUGAAAAUAUUUAAAUCUGUAUGGGCUGAGUUUAGUGUAGAAAGCAGAGGGAUAAGAACGAGCUAUAAAUCUUUGCCAGAAAUCAUGUAUAGAAGUUUCCUAUGUUUGGCGCUGUAAGGCCCGAUAAAUUCUGAUCGGAAUUUAUCGGUUGGUUGCACCAAAUCAAUGCCUUGGUCGGACCAAAAAGCGAUUUGGUCCGACGAACUUGGAAAGCUCCUGGGAAAAUGUCUGCGCUUUCAGCGCUAUAUAGAGGAAACCUCUAUAUAAACUUGGGAAAGAUUUGGGCGUGAAUAAAUCUAUGGAUGCCAAUAAAGUGAUAAAAAUGUUGCUCUCAAUGCAAAUUGAAAUGGACGAAGAAGGCUAUGUGUAUUAUAAUGAUUUUUUAUUUUCAGUCAUGAAAAGAAAAUAUGGUAAAAACAUGAAAAAUUUGCAAGGAAGCUCAAAAAAACUUAUAAGGAAUGAAGAAAUAGACACAAAGAGGAGACUAAGAAAAUUAAGACGGAAAAGUCAGGUUAAUCGAGGAAGAUCUGGAAUCUCUUUACCGAAUAAAGAGAAAAAUCAUAUGAUUUUUGGAUUUAUUUUAUUGAGGUCAGUUUUAAAAGAGUGGAAAGAAUGAAUCACAAAGAAGAAAAAUCAUGAAAUUUCAGAUAUAACACCCAGGUUUUUUGAAGAAGAAUUUCCAGGAGUUAACACAAUUGAUUCUGAUAAUCAAACUAGUAGUUAA